AUACUUGGCGGCGGAGUGGCUGCCGGAUACGCCGCGCUUGAGUUUGCACAGCAAGGAAUCGCUCCCGGCGAACUAUGCAUCAUAUCUGAAGAAUCCACUGCUCCUUAUGAAAGGCCUGCAUUGAGCAAAGGAUUUUUGCUUCCAGAAGCUCCUGCACGCCUACCAGCAUUUCAUACCUGUGUUGGUUCCAAUGAUCAGAGGCUAACUCCAAAAUGGUAUGCGGAACAAGGCAUUGAACUUGUUCUCGGAACACGGGUGAAGUCUGCCGACGUGAAUCGCAAGACAUUAACUACAGCUGCUGGGGAAACGAUAAGCUACAAGACUCUCAUCAUUGCAACAGGAGCUAGGGCUUUGAAGCUUGAAGAAUUUGGGGUGAGGGGGUCUGAUGCUGAAAAUGUUUGCUAUUUACGUAAUUUAGCUGAUGCAACUAGGCUUGUGAGCAUAAUGCAAACCUGCAAUGGAGGAAAUGCUGUUGUCAUUGGUGGAGGCUACAUAGGAAUGGAGUGUGCGGCUGCUUUGGUCACCAGCAGAAUAAAAGUAACUAUGGUCUUUCCUGAGGAACAUUGUAUGGCACGUUUGUUCACGCCGAAAAUUGCUGAUUUUUAUGAAGCCUACUAUGAGUCGAAAGGAGUGAAUUUCAUAAAGGGAACUGUGUUGUCAUCAUUUGAAAAUGAUUCGGAUGGAAAGGUGACAGCAGUAGUUCUCAGAGACGGAACGCGAGUGCCUACUAACAUGGUCGUCGUAGGCAUUGGAAUUCGUCCAAAUACGAGCCUCUUCGAGGGUCAGCUGGCUAUAGAGAAAGGUGGAAUCAAGGUCAACGGUCGAAUGCAGACUAGUAACAGUUCUGUCUAUGCUGUCGGUGAUGUAGCUGCUUUCCCUGUCAAGUUAUUCGGCGGUGAAUAUCGUCGGCUUGAGCACGUAGAUUCUGCUCGGAAGUCUGCAAGGCAUGCUGUUUCAGCUAUUACAACACCUGACAAAACAGUUGACUUUGACUACCUGCCUUUCUUCUACUCCAGAGUCUUCACACUUUCUUGGCAGUUCUAUGGAGAUAAUGUUGGAGAAGUAAUACAUUAUGGAGAUUUCCUCGCCAGAAGAUUUGGUGCAUACUGGGUCAAUAAAGGCAGGAUUGUGGGGGCUUUCCUGGAAGGAGGGAGCAGAGAGGAGUAUGAGGCUAUUGCUAAGGCUGUUAAGCUCAAUAUGGUAGCUCAUGACAAAUCAGAGAUAGAAAAGCUGGGAGUCGAAUUUGUAUCGAAUGCCGGUCGACAUCAAGAGGUAGCCGGUGGCCUUGUUCUUGAAAAGCCGCUCUACGAAUGGCAUGCUGCUGCUGGAAUCGGCAUCGCUUUAUUUAUCACGGCGUUUGCUUACUGGUAUGGGAAGCGCCGCCAAAGAUGGUGAUGCUGGUGAAAUCUUUCCCUGUAUUGCUAUAAAAUUCCAUUGAUGCACACUGCCUCUGACCAUUUGCCUGAAGUUGAUUGCAAACAUAGAGCAUGUACACAGGCAGUUACAGAUCCCAUUUGUCUUCUGUAAAUCACUUGUACCAGAGUAUAUAUUGGUUAUUAUAGCGCAUAGCAUAAUGUUGGAGACUAAUUUAUAAUUAAUUGUUGUAAAAAUUUUGCAUACAAUAUUUUAGAAAUGUAUCUAUGAAUAUUUAGACCAUGUGAUAUGAUGAAUUUUAAAGUCUUUUAGGUGGCAAUUUACC